AUGAAUACAUGUACUAACAAUCAGUUGGGUUUGCCAGUUGGUGCCGUCGUCAACUGUUGCGACAACUCUGGUGCUAGAAACUUGUACAUCUUGUCUGUCAAGGGUUUCGGUGCUAGAUUGAACAGAUUGCCAGCUGCUUCUGCUGGUGACAUGGUUAUGGCCACCGUCAAGAAGGGUAAGCCUGAGUUGAGAAAGAAGGUUAUGCCAGCUAUCGUUGUCAGACAAUCCAAGCCAUGGAGACGGAAGGAUGGUACUUACUUGUACUUCGAGGACAACGCCGGUGUCAUCGUCAACCCUAAGGGUGAGAUGAAGGGUUCUGCCAUCACUGGUCCUGUUGCCAAGGAGUGUGCUGACUUGUGGCCAAGAAUUGCUUCCAACUCUGGUGUUGUUGUCUAA